AUGGCCGACGACGUAAAGACGUUGCCCCAAAGGUCGGGCACUAUUAUGACCAAGUCGAGCACUUUCAGCGAGUCCGCAGUCCCUGAAACAGAUCCUGGAACCACCGCUGGGCUGCUUGCCGAGCGUCUGCAAGCAUGGAAACACGCCGUGGGCUACCUGGAAGAGUACAUGGGCGCCAUUGAGAAGAUCCACCAUGCACAGUCAAAAGAGUACGAGAAGGUCAUGAAGACUAUCUCCAAGCCGUUGCGUGAAGGCCACCAUUUUGACCAGAAUCUGGGAGGCGUUGCUGGCUUCUACGAGAACCUGCGUCAAAACACGCAGGCCCUGAUCAACACCAAUGCCGAGACCGAGAAGAGCAUCAAGGGCUCCGUGCUUCCCAUUCUGGACCGCCUCCACAAGGAGGUCAAGAACAAGGCCAAGGAGCUGGCGAGCGGCGCGCAGAAGGGCGCCAAAGAGGUCGAGAAGGCCCGAAACGUUACCCAGAAGCACAUCGAACUCCUCGGCCAGCAUGCUGCAUCCUUUGAGUCUACCGGCGGCAAGAUGAACCCUACAGAGGACCCCUAUGUCAUCCGGCGCGGUGUCUUGCACCGCCUGAACAAGCAGGUUAUCGAGGAGAACAACCACCGCAAUGAUCUCAUUGCAGUGCAGGGCAACUUCUCAGACUUCGAGGCCCACGUGAUUCAAGUCCUUCAACAGGCCAUGGAGGUCUUCAACCAGUUCGCCGGUGGGCAGGCCGAAAAGACUCGAGCGCUCUAUGCCGAUAUGCUCGGCGCCGCUCAGAGAAUUCCUCCGGAUAUGGAAUGGCAAGCUUUCACUCAGCGUAACGCCGACAUCCUCGUGGACCCCGAAGAGCCGCCAAGGACGGUCGAGGCCAUCACGUUCCCCAAUCAGGAACAUAACUCGACCGAGCCUCUCAUUGAAGGCAGCCUCGAGCGUAAAUCACGGAACAAGCUGUCCUGGGGCUUCACGACUGGUUACUACGUGGUGACUCCUUCCAAGUUCUUGCAUGAGUUCAAGUCAGACGACAAUGCGAGCAAGGACCCAGUCCCAGAGCUUUCCAUCUAUCUUCCUGAGGCAACCAUUGGAACCCCCAAUGGAGACAAGUUCAAUGUGAAGGGCAAGGACAAGUCCAAGACUAUGAGCAGCAAGCUCACUGGGUCGUCUGAACUUGCUUUCAAGGCGCACACGGCGGCAGAUGCUCAGCGGUGGUUCGAGGUGAUUUCUAAGGUCGCAGGAGCCAAUGCGCCUGUGGAAAGCACGCCCGCCAGUCCUGUUGUAGGCAGUGGGGAUUCUCCGGUAAUGAACGAGGCCCACGACUUGGAGGCAGAGAAGCCGGCCGAGGGAGAAGCGGGAGCGGUUGGAACUAACCAGAUCACUGAGCAGAAGCAGGAGCACGCGGGACAGACCUCGGGGAUCACGGGCGGAGAGACGGUCGCCAGCCCGACGGCUGUGUCACCAACGGAUACGAAGGGUAAGGAAGAAGCACAUCACCAAACAACUAUUCCACCAUCUGCGGCAAACACGACUGAGACAAAGGCAACUGCUCCAGCAUCAGGAACUUAG